UGUUCAGCGCGGUAGUUAGUGCAUGCAGCCGCCAAGAAAUAAAUAAGAAAAAAUCAAGUAAUUUAGUUCGGUUUCAGUAUUUUACAAGAAAUGGCCAAGAGGUGGUACAAGUAAUUAAUAACGAGAUGCAAAAAUCAAAUUUGUUAACAAUGAUAAAGUGUUUUAAAUAAUAAUUAAAUAAAAAACCACAAAGAAAAUGCAGAAAUAUGUAAAUGGAAGACAAGUGAUAGUGAAAAAAGUUAACCAUUAAACAAACAAAAACAUGUUUAAGUGAGAUUUGUGUUUUAACAAAUUAUGUCAUAAAACAUUUAUAUAUGCAGUAAACAAACAUUCACUUAGUAUAGAGUCGGAGUCAAACACACAACAACAAAACAUCAACAUGAACAACAACCACGGCAACAGUCCCAGAGUCACACACAAGACAUUAACGUAGUCGUAGUCGUCGUUCGCAGUCUGUUUUAGUUAUUGGAUCAGCAGAGUUGUAGUAUGUCGUUUAACGUUGCCACCGCCGCUUACGGUUUAAAUUUUUUAAAAAUUAUUAUAAAAUAGUUAAUGAAAAACAAAAAAAAAAAUUAUUAAAAUUUUAAUUAAAUUAUUUGAAAAAGAAAAAAAAAUUACUAACGGGUGUGUGUGUGUGUGUAAAAAAUAUUUCCUUUUCCUGUAAAAACACAAUUUUCAAAACAAAAUUAAUUUACAAAAAAAAAAUAACAACAAUUUAAGAAACAAGAAAUUUUAAAAUAUUUAUAAAAAAUCUUGCGCGCGUAACAGUAGUUCAGCAUUUAAAGAAAGAUACUUGCGAAUUGUGUUAUGCUCUUUUAAUCGCUCUCUUAAGUGUAUGUUUUCAUCUCUUAUUUUGUGCUCUGGCAAAUAUAGUCAUUUCUAGUUAAAUGUGUGAUAAUUUUUGUUGUUGUUAUUGUUGUCAUUUAAUUUAUUAUUUGUUUUUGCAGUUUUCUUUUGCUUAAUAAUAAUUUAAAUAAUAGAAGAAAAAUAACUACUAUUCUGUCUCUCUCUCACUCGCUCUCUCAGUAAUUUUUGUUUGUAUCUCACGGAUAUUUGAUUUUUAUUAAAUUCGCACACUUGUUGUUACUUGCUGUGCGCGUGUGUGUGUUUGAAUGUGUGUGUGCAAAGUGUGAUUUUUAUGAUUUGUUUACACUAACAAGUUGCUGUUCGUUCGCUGGUUCGUUCCACAUGUCAUCAUCAUACAUGUUACAAAUCUGUAACAACUCAGCACUAAAACAACAAACACCUUCCUUCCGUCCAAUAUAAAGAAAUAAAAAAACAACAACAACAAAAUCCAGAAAAAAAAACACACCUAACAAAAACAAAAAUAUGCUUCAACAUAUUCGUGUAUAAGUGAAAAUAUAAUUAUAACAAACUAAUUAAACAGAUAAAGAACAUCUUUAAAAGAAAAUCGAAAAAAAAAAUCUAAAAUUUUUGUUUUUGGUAAUUAAAAAAAAAAAACAACAACAAUAAGUGUUUAAAGUGUUAAAAAAUCUAAAUUAAAUGUUUUCACUAUGGCUGCUGCAACAUCAUCAUCAUUAUCAUCAUCUUUAGCUAACAACAACUAUCUACAAAUAUGUCGCAUUUGCAUCACUUCGGCAGCAUCACCUUCACCAAAUGGCAGCAGCAGCAGCAGCAGCAAUAACAAUGCCACACAAAUGAUUUCAAUAUUUGGUGAAGAUUCAUUAUGGAAAAAAAUUACUACACUAGCUGAUGUUAAGAUCGAACGUGGCGAUACCCUACCGCAACAAGUCUGCAUAACAUGUGCCAAAAACACCAUAUCGGCCUGUCUAUUCAAAAAGAAAUGUGAAGAUGCCGAUAAUUUCUUCAGACAACAACUCUUAAUACGUAAAAUAGAAAGUAAAUCAGAUCAAACUAAUACCCUAGAAUCGGAGGAAGAUGAUGAAGUUGAAGAACAUGAAAUAACAAAUGGACAACAUCAUAAAAAUUCCCCACAUAAAAGUGACGUGGAAGAGGAACCAGAAUUAGAUGAACAAAUUUAUAAACAUCAUCUACAAAGACAAAUAAAUGGCGAUCAUAGAUUAGAUCAAGAUAAUGGUGAUCAUAAUGAACAUGAAGAAGAUGAUGAUCGCCAACAUCAUAAUGAUCUGGUAGAAGAUGAUGGUGAAAUAAAAAGUGCCAAUGGACAAAAACCUGCAUUUGAUUUUAACUCAAUACGUUUGAUGCAUGAGUAUAUGCAACAGCAUUUAAGUAAAUUAAACGGUAUCCAGGCUAAUGGUGCAAGUGAUGAUGAGGCUGGCGAAGGCACAGGUAGUGAUACCGAUCAAGAUGAUGAGGAUGAAGAUGGACCGCUGCCAUUAAUACCGGAAAUUGAAUUAAUAACACCAUCAGAAGAUGGAGGCGCAGGCGCUACACUUACUAAUGGUGGUUCAGUAUCAGCGACAGAUGCUGCAGCUGGUAUGACACACAUGCGUGGUUAUCAAUGUCCUCAUUGCUUUCAAAUUUUCGAAAUGAAACAAGUUCUUAAGGCUCACAUGCAAAGUGUACACGGCACUUCGGGACCCGUCUAUGAGUGUACGAAUUGUAAGAAGACCUACUUUUAUAAACGUUUCCUGGAGAAACAUAUAAGGCGAGGCCGUUGUGUUAAGAAGAGACGUAAUCAAACGCGCCCUAUGCAAUGUUCCGACUGCAAUGUUUUAUUCCCCACCGGUCACCAUCUGGGCUGGCAUAAACGUACUGGCUGUCCUUCGAAAACGGCGAAAAUGCCCUUGCAACAACUUUUCAAACAAAAUAUCGUGCAAUAUAACAAUUUCCCCAGACGCAUUGGCAUACGCAAACCGGAAAAUGCUAUUAUCUCCAUAAACAGAAAAAUUAUCAUGGCCAACAACAAACGCAAGGGACGCACUCGCAUCAAGUUAGAUGCGAAGAAAAUUGCCUUGGCCAAACAAUUGAUACUAAGGGAAGCCACCACCACUGUUAUUGCUAAUGAAUUGAAUAUAUCACGGACAUUUGCCUGGCGUUUGCGUAAAAGUCUUGUCAAUGGCGUCAGUUUGCAUGAGCGUGUCAUUGAUCCUCCGGAAGAUGAAGAAGAGGAUAAUGAUAACAAUGAAACUGAAAUGCCCGAUAAUGGACUCGACACAUUAGCAAUAGAAAAACCCGAAAAUCAAUUAAAUCAUCAGCCCUUUACCGAACACAUCAAACGUGAACGGCCAGCUACCGAAGAUGAAGAGGAAGAUGAUAUUAAUGAUAAUAAUCAAGAAACAGAUAAUGAGGAACAACACCAUCACCAACAGCAACUGGAGCAACAUCACCUGGAACUACAACAACAGCAACAAGAACAAUUAUUAAGAGAAAGUAAUAAUUUUAGUAAUGCCACUUCAGUAAUACAACGAACAAAUGAAUUGAAAUUAAAUAAUGCUCAGCAGCAAACACAACAACAACAACAUUUAUCAACUGCAACAACAAACGCCAUAUUAGAACAACAUAAAUUGCACAAUAAAAUAUCUGUAGUACAACAACAAAGACUUAUGGAAAUUAAUAAAAAUGCUCACCUUAAUAAUAACAAUGAUGACGCUAGCGAUUCGGACAGUGAUAAUGAUGAUGAUGAUCAUCAUCAAUAUCAACGUUCUCAUCAGACACACGAACAACAAAUACAACAAGAGACUGAACAUGUAAAUAGUCAACAACAACAACAACAAUCUUUAUAUUUACAAAAAUCAAUUAAUUUAAAGAUACUGAAGAUGCUCCUUCAAAUCCCUUGGGCAAUGCUAAAAAAUUGCCUCUAUUAAAUCAGAUAU